CUCUCCACACCUGGCAGUUUCACCGUGAAGGUUACAGACGUGCUCUCAGGUCCUGGACUGAACGCAACAGUUUUGUGAUUUUUCUUUUUCUUUAUUUCUUCUUUUUUCUCUCUGUCUCUGUCUCUAAUUGUUGGAUGUCUUAAUUAUCUCACAGCGAUGACGACAAAGAAGCAGCUUCCAUGGCAAAAGCUAUUUGUGAUACUCACAGUUUCAGUGCUGCCCAGCUGCAGGACUUUAGAGGUCUCUAUUCCACAGGCAGAAUACGAGGUAGCGAGUGGCGGUGACAUCACCUUGUUGUGUAACUAUGCCCCAGCGCGACCUGACUUCUCGACACUCGUCCUCAGAUGGGAAGCAGACCCCGACAAUGUCGACGAUCCAAUGAAACCCGUGGCCACUUUCUUUCUAAACACUCCAGUGGACAUUGCGCCUGCUUAUGAAGGCAGAGCCACUCUGGUGGUGGACACUGACCAACGCGUGGGCAAACUGCACUUAACUAAGGUGACCAUGAAGGACAGUCGCAGAUUCCAGUGCAGUGUUCUGAUCCCCAACGAUGACGAGGGAACAACAAUCACCUCCACUUCCCUUUUGGUGCUUGUUCCUCCAUCUCCACCGAUCUGCAGGAUUCAGGGCGAGGCAGAGUACUUUCACGACAUCAGCCUCACCUGUGUGUCUGAGGAAGGUUCACCAACACCUACAUAUGAGUGGAAGAGCUUCACUGUUGAAAAUAUUUCUAGACAAUUUCCACCUAAGACCACUGAAAAAGACGGAGUUCUGUCCCUGUUCAACAUUUCACAGGAGACCUCCGGGUUCUUCGUUUGCUCUUCAACAAAUCGAAUCAGCACCGCCAGCUGCACCCUAACCUUGGCUGUGAUGCCCAGUAGCUCAAAUACGGCGCUCAUUGCAGGUAUAAUUGUAGGUGUUGUCGCUGCUGUCCUCAUUGUGGGGAUUAUCAUCUUCUGUUGCUGCCGGAAAAAGGCCCAAAAGGCCAAGUAUGCUGAGGGUGCUCCUGGAGAAGUGCAGUUUUAUGACAAAGACGCCCCUGAAGCUGGAGAGGAAUACUUGGACGACAAGUCAAAAAGCGAGACGAGGCAGCACAAAGAGGACGAGGACAAAGAUGUUGCUCCUCCUCUAAAAAAUUACCUCAAUGAACCGGUGGGACGCAAAUUUGACGAUGAUCAACACAGUCAAAACAGUGGCAGAGACAGGAAUGAUGGCCACGGCAGUGAUGUUGACUCGCAACGUAACCGGGAUAACCAGCGCGAUCACAAUCGUGGAAGCCGUGAUCACCUCGAUGAGCAACGCGACAAUUACCGUGGUAGCCGGGACCGCCUCGAAGAGCAACGCGAUAAUUAUCGUGGCAGCAGCGACCGACUUGACGAGCCACGUGAUCAUUACCGUGGCAGCCGGGACCGCCUCGAUGAGCAACGCGAUCAUUACCGUGGCAGCCGGGACCGCCUCGAUGACCAACGUGAUCAGUACCGUGGCAGCCGGGACCGCCUUGAUGACCAACGUGAUCAGUACCGUGGUAGUCGUGACCGUCUCGAUGAGAAACGUGAUCAAUACCGUGGCAGCCGCGAUCGCCUUGAUUACCGUGACGAUCAAUACAGAGUUUGAUUUGACUUACCUUCGAGUUACUGAUGCCCCCUUUUUUUAUAUACUUACAUGAUAUGACGUCCAUAAAGGCAGGGUCCGUCAACUAUUUCAGAAUUUUUUUGUUAUAUUUCUUGAAAUUCUCUUUACAUUCUGACAAAUAAAAGAUAUAAAAUCUGAGGAAACAAUAUGGAUAUAAAAUAAACGAGUGUACAAUUAGGAAUGCAUGAAUAUUCCAACAUCUGUCUGUCUGGCUGUAAACCGUGUUAACGGUUUGGUUGACAGACUCAAAACUUGGCAGGUGACUUACUAAGGGCCCCAGUUUGGGUAGUGCUGACAUUGACCUUAUUUAGAUAAGAAAUGCAAGAGUUAUCUGGAAAAACGUGACAGCAGCCACCCCUAAUCACAACAGGUACUGCACUAGAACUUUCAAAAUCUGCUUUCAUUGGUUUCCCCAUAGCUGACAAGACGGCUCCCCAAAGUGAAGUCAAACCACCUUGAGCACCCUUUGGUGGCUGGCAGCAAGAUAGGUCAUGAACCCCACCGAUGCUAGUAAACUGGCAACUGGUUCCAUUCAUGCUCAAACGAGGGUCAGCAUCAGUCAAAUCAUCGAACAUAUGCAGACUCAAUCUCACAUUCUCCUUUCCAGAAGAAAUCAUAUCUCCCUUUUCCCUUUUUUGUAUGUUAUUGUAUUCUUUGAGAGCUGACUUGUACGUGUGGGCUCUGGCGGACUUGGUUUUCCAUGGUCUCUUUGGACAAGUGAGCACCACCAACUGGACUGGAAAGUGUUGUCCUAUAGGGACAGGCCUUGGAGGAUUGAAAUGGGCCAAGUGCACUCCAACUUAUUCUUAAAUUUUUUACGUUUCAGAAAGGUUAAGUUUUGACUCUUUGUUUUUCGUCCUACGGAAAUGUUGUGUAACCUCUUUGGCUCCAGAGAAUAGUUUGUGUUCCUUUUGCAUUUUUUUGGGCAUGAUAAAAUACAAUUAGAAUUUUAUUUGAAUUGUAUUAAAAUAAAAUUCUAUUUUAUACAGUACAAACACUUAAUGAUGUACUCUGUUAAGAUACAGAAACCAGCCUUCUGAUUAUCCUGACCUGAAUCUGCAUCAAAAUGGCAGAAAUCAAACGAAUGUCAAGGCACUGUCAUAAAAAAAUGUAUUUGUAAUUUCAAUUGAUUUAUUAAUUUAAAUCCUUAUCCAACAAUAAGCAAAUAAAAUACUAUUUUUAAUCA